AUGAAGCACACGACGUCGGACUCGGACGUGACGAGCCUGGCGACCACGUCGCCGUCGCGGUCCCCGAAGCGGGCGGCCUACUACGUCGUCAGCCCGUCGCGCGACUCGCGGGACGACGGCGACAAGUCCUCGUCCACGCAGGCCACCCCCGUGUACAACAGCCCCCUCGACUCCCCGUCGCACCAGUCCUCCAUCGGCCCGCACUCCAGGGCCUCCUCUGCCAGCCGCUUCUCCGGGAACCUCACCGGCGGCGGCCGGGCCGCCGCCACCCGGAAGCGCCCCCACGGCCACGGCAAGGGGUGGCACGAGGUGGACGUGAUUGACGAGGAGGAGGCCGAGGACGCCGGCGUGGACCAGGAGCGGGAGCUCUCCAGGAGCUGCGUCGCCGCCUUCUGGUUAUCGGUUCUCGUCCUCGCCUUCACCCUCGUCUGCCUCGUCGUCUGGGGCGCCGCCCGCCGUGAUAAACCCAGCGUCCUCGUCAAGAGCUUGAGAGUGGAGAAUUUCUACGCCGGCGAAGGGACGGACGGCACCGGAGUGCCGACCAAGUUCGUCACGAUGAACUGCUCGCUCGAGAUUGACGUCCACAACCCCUCCACCAUGUUCGGCAUCCAUGUCUCUUCCACCUCCAUCCAGCUCUACUAUUCCCAGAUACCCAUCGCCAGCGGUCAGCUGGACAAGUUCUACCAGCCGAAGAAGAGCCGGCACGUCGCAUCGGUGACCCUGCACGGCGAGAAGACGCCGCUCUACGGAGCCGGGGCUACCUUCGUCCUCACCGACACCGACGGCGUGCCCCUCACCGUGGACUUGGCGGUGAGGACGAGAGGGUAUGUCAUCGGCAGGCUUGUCAGGGUGACACACGCCAAGCGUGUGCGAUGCCCGGUUCUUGUGAGCUCUCUCACCGACAAGCCCAUCAUGAUCACCCAGACUGCUUGCAGCUACUCUUGA